UAUGCUUGUACAUCCUUCCAGCCCACAAAAGCUACUGGUCCCCCUUGCAGAGAUCUGCCCUAUUUUGUCUCCCAGGAGGGGGAAAUGACCCGGUUGUGGGACAACACUGUGGGAUCGGGCAAACAGGACAUGAUGAGCUACAUGGGCCAUAAGGAGGAGGUGCGGUCGCGAGCCCCUCAGGCAGACAGAUCCAGGUGGGCUCAGCCCGUUCGCUCUGGAUCCUGGGUGAGAACUGAAGCCCAGGGCUCUAGGAAAGAAAUCUGCCCACUGAAAGCAGGUACUCUUGCUUGUUCCCGUGUGAGAUCCUAGUUCUGGUUUGCUUUCUACCCAGGGGUCUCUGAAGUUCACAGCAGAUCUCUAUUGAGAUUUAGCAUCUCUUUAUCAAGUUGUGGUCCCAGGUGUUCAACACCUCCAUGGGCACCAUGUGAGAGUCCAUCUCUGUGUGUGCUGACCACAAACCCUGGAUCUCUCAGGUGUUCUCUGUUUGCAUGGUUUGGCAUGCCCUUGGCUUGCAGUGCUGUGUCCCAGCGCUCCCACCCUGCCUGGAGGGAGUCUGGGUUUUAUCUCUCCCCUCCUGGACCAUUUCUAGCUCUCCUCCGAAGACCUGCUUUGCCGUGGACGUGGUGGCAUCCCGUGUCGCUCGUGCCUCCCCCAGUAACGGCCUUCUCCCCGUCCCAGAGCACCGUCCUGCCAGCCAGAAGCCUGAGGAAAUCUGGCCGAAACACCGGAAAACUGACCCUCCCUGGGCAUCCACCCUGCCACGUACCCCAGCAGGCUCCCCGUCGGCCCGCAGCGACCCCUCAGGUGGCAGUGGGCACCUCGCUGGGUCUCGGGUACGGGAGUCCCGCGGGCACUCCGGCAGCGGGGGCGCAGAGGGGCGGCACGGGCUGGAGAGGCAGGAGUACACAGUGCUGGCAGACCUGCCCAAGCCCAAGCGCCUCGCACAGCGGGAUGCUGUUGACCGCUACGGUUCCCGGACACUCAGCCCUGGCCGAGUGGAGGUGGAGAGGAUAUUUGGCUGUGAACGCAGGAAAUCAGAGACGCUGGAGGCCUUCCAAGCUCUGGAGGAGGGCCGAGUGGACCGACUCGAUGGCAAGACGCCAGUGCCACCCAGCAAAGGCCACCUAGUUCGGAGGCAGUCCAGCCCCAGCCUGCCCAGGGAGAGUCAGCGAGUCUCCUGGCACUUGGAGCAGCGCAGCAGAGACCCCAAGGAGCCCCUGCGCUCCCACAGCCCAGCUCGGCACUCCGAGAAGAGGCAGCCGAAGCCCACGCUCUGCAAGCCCAGCCCACAGGUUGGAGAAGAGGGCAGGUGA